CCAUAGCCCCGCCCCCCAGCACGGCCUGUCAGGCUGGAGGAAGUUUUUACCUCAGUCGCAGACGGCGCAAGGCGGAGAGCUGGCAGACAGCUGAGCGACGAGAUGAGUGCAGGCGCGGACCCCGUGGUCAUAGUCUCAGCGGCGCGGACCGCUGUAGGCUCCUUCAAUGGUGCCCUGUCCACCGUGCCUGUCCACGACUUGGGGACAACUGUCAUCAAAGAAGUCCUGCAGAGGGCCAAGGUGGCUCCAGAAGAGGUGUCCGAGGUCAUAUUUGGACACGUUUUGACGGCAGGUUGUGGGCAGAAUCCUACUCGACAAGCCAGCGUGGGUGCAGAGAUCCCCUACUCGGUUCCAGCAUGGAGCUGCCAGAUGAUCUGUGGCUCGGGCCUAAAAGCCGUGUGUCUUGCAGCCCAGUCCAUAGCCAUGGGCGACUCCACCAUUGUGGUUGCUGGAGGCAUGGAGAAUAUGAGCAAGGUAAGUGCUGCUCACCAUCCUGGUCACCUGGAGGUUUUGCUCUCUGCAGGUCUUACUGAAGUGAAAAUCGAUGAGUUUCCUCGUCAUGGGAGUAACCUUGAAGCCAUGGCCAAGCUGAAACCUUACUUUCUUACCGAUGGGACAGGAACUGUCACUCCAGCGAACGCAUCAGGAAUGAACGAUGGUGCUGCUGCUGUGGUUCUCAUGAAGAAGACAGAAGCUGAGAGUCGGAAGCUGAGACCUUUAGCAAGAAUAGUCUCCUGGUCACAAGCUGGUGUGGAGCCUUCUGUGAUGGGAGUAGGACCAAUUCCAGCCAUAAAGCAAGCUGUUGCAAAGGCAGGCUGGUCACUGGAGGAUGUUGAUGUGUUUGAAAUCAAUGAAGCCUUUGCAGCGGUGUCUGCAGCAAUAGCUAAAGAACUUGGAUUAAAUCCCGAGAAGGUCAACAUCAACGGAGGAGCCAUUGCCUUGGGCCAUCCUCUGGGAGCAUCUGGCUGCAGGAUUCUAGUGACCUUGUUACACACCCUGGAGAGAGUGGGUGGGACCCGUGGUGUUGCAGCCCUGUGCAUUGGGGGUGGGAUGGGGAUCGCAAUGUGUGUUCAAAGAGGAUGAUCUGCAUGACAGCCACCACCCUUGGACAGUUCUUGUUAAAUCAGUGAAACACUAAGUAGAAAGUGAAAUCAGAGGACCAAAAGAGGACAGGAACCCAGGUGGACAGCUUGCUGUACUUUAAUGUGAGACACCCAAGGCUAAGACAUUGCACCUGACACUGUUAUAAAUAAAAGGGAAAUCCAGUCAGUCAUCAAGGGCUCCAGAGUGAACAGCAUUUUCAUAACUUCUGUGUUUAUUGUCUUUGUUUUCUGGGUAUAAUUUUCUCUGAUCAUUGAUUUGUUGGUUGGUUGGUUGGUUGGUUGGUUUUUGAGUCAGGGUCUCACCAUAUAGCCUCAAAAUCGUUUUGUAGAUCAGGUUGGUUUUGAACUCCCAGAGAUCCACCUUUUUGUGCCUCCUGAGUACUUGAAUUAAAGGCAUGCAUCCUUAAUGCAGGGCCCCCAAAAUGAUCCAUUCAAAGAAUGGGGAUGCGGCUUCUGUUGCAAACUUCAGGCUCUUUGCUUUAACUGCUGUUGGUUCAAACACCCCUGCUUGCUUGUCUCGUGGUUUCCCAUUGAUCAAAUCAAGACUAAUCCUGUAAUGAAAAUCGGAUUCGGUGACCUCUUCCGAGCUGAGGUGGGGUAGGUAUUCCAGCUGUUCUAGUCAAAAGACUGGCAGUGCCAACAAGUGUGCCUCUGGGUUGUUGAAAAGUGAGCAGCAAGCAGCUUCUGUGUAUUCCUCUCUGCUGAUGAGAUGGGAUGUUACCUGCUUCAGAUACCUACCUUGAUUUCCCCAAAAUGAUGAACUGUAACUGGAAUUGAAAGUCAAAUAAAUUCUUUCCUCCUUUA